AUGGAGACCUGUGAGAGCAUGCCCUCUGGAAAUCAGCAGGAGAACGAGAACUACGGAGAACCAGCUGUAACAAAGCUUGUCAUGGAAAACACAACUCAGGUGAAAACUCCGAAGACCAUAUCUUCUUUCCAGAAGGCAGAUCAUUCUGAACAUCUAGCCUCAGAAUCGGUGUCUAUGUCAGAAUCAAAGAAAACUGAAUGUUCUGACUGUGGGAGAAUUUGCAAAUGCCAUUCACAGUUAGACAUAGAUGCCAAACUACAUAAAGGAGACAAAUGCAUGGAAUGUGGAAGCAAUUUUAGUCCAUGUGAUCAUCUACAUUCACAUCAGAGAACACACACAGAAGAGAAACCUUAUCAAUGUAUGGAUUGUGGAAAGACCUUCGGUUUUAGCAGCAAUCUGCGUCGCCAUCAAAUGAUCCACACGGGAAAGAAGCCACAUGAAUGCACGGAAUGUGGGAAGUGCUUCAGGGAGAGUGCACAUCUGCGUAGCCAUCAAAGGACCCACACAGGAGAAAAGCCGUAUAAAUGCAUGGAGUGUGGAAAGAGUUUCCGUGAUCGUCAACCAUAUAAUUACCAUCUAAAGACUCACACAGGGGAGAAACCAUACAAGUGCGUGGAAUGUGGAAAGAGCUUCGUUCAGAGGGCACAACUGCAUUGCCAUCAGAGGAUUCACACAGGAGAGAAGCCAUAUAAAUGCAUGGAGUGUGGAAAGUGCUUCAGGGAGAGUGGAAGUUUUCGUUCCCAUCAAAGGACCCACACAGGGGAGAAGCCAUAUAAAUGCAUGGAGUGUGGAAAGAGUUUCAGUGAUAGUGGAACAUAUCAUACACAUCUAAGGACACACACAGGAGAAAAACCAUAUACAUGCAUGGAAUGUGGAAAGAGCUUCAUUCGGAGGGCACAUCUGUCUUGCCAUCAGAGGACUCACACAGGAGAGAAACCACAUAAAUACAUGGAGUGUGAAAAGAGCUUCAGUGAUAAUCAAACAUGUAUUAACCUUCUAGAGAGUCACUCAGAGGAGAAAAGUAUUGAUGCUGGGAAGAGGCCAUAUAAAUGCAUGGACUGUGGAAAGAAUUUCCGUCGGAGCGCACAUCUCCAUAGCCAUCAAAGAAUACACACAGGAGAGAAGCCAUAUAAAUGCAUGGAAUGUGGAAAGAGCUUCCGCGAUUCUUCAACACAUUAUAAACAUCUAAGGAUACACACAGGAGAAAAACCAUAUAAAUGUAUAGAAUGUGGAAAGAGGUUUGGUGAUGGCGCACAACUUCGUAUGCAUCAAACAACACACACUGGGGAAAAGCCAUAUAAAUGCAUAGAAUGUGGAAAGAGUUUCAGUCGGAUUCGAACUCUGCGCCUCCAUCAAAGAAUACACACAGGAGAGAAGCCAUACAAAUGCAUGGAAUGUGGAAAGAGCUUCCGUGUUAGUGUAACAUAUACUCAACAUCUAAGGAUUCACACAGGAGAGAAGCCAUAUAAAUGCAUUGAAUGUGGAAGGAGCUUCCGUGUUAGUGGAUCAUAUAAUUACCAUCUAAAGACCCACACAAAGGAGAAGCAAUUUAAAUACAUGGAAUAUGAAGAAAGCUUCAGUGAUAGUGGAUCAUAUAAUAAUCUAAAGACCCUCACAGGGGAGGAGCCACGUCAAUGCAUAGAAUGUGGAAAGAGCUUUAGUGAUAAUGCAUCAUAUAAUAAUCAUGUAAGGACCCAUGUAGAGGAGAAACCACAUCAAUGUAUGGAAUGUGGGAAGUGUUUCCGUCGGAGUGAACAUCUGCGUUCCCAUCAAAGGACCCACACAGGGGAAAAGCCAUAUACAUGCAUUGAAUGUGGAAAGAGUUUCAGGUGGAGUGGGCAACUGCGUUGCCAUCAAAUAUCCCACACAGGGGUGAAGCCAUAUCAAUGCAUGGAAUGUGGAAAACGUUUCAGUGAUAGUGGAUCAUAUAAGCAGCAUGUAAGGAUCCACACAGGGGAGAAGCCAUACCAAUGCAUGGAAUGUGGAAAGAAAUUCAGUCGAAAGGCACAUGUGCAGUCCCAUCAAAUGACACACACAGGAGAGAAGCCAUAUAUGUGCAUGGAAUGUGGAAAGAGUUUCAGGUGGAUUAAGCAGCUGAAUUGCCAUCAAAUAUCCCACACGGGAGAAAAGCCAUAUAAAUGCAUGGAAUGUGGAAAGAGUUUCACUGAUCCUGGGUCAUACAGUAAUCAUCUAAUGGCUCAUACAGGGGAGAAACCAUAUAUGUGCAUCGAAUGUGGGAAGGCCUUCAGCAGGAUUACCUCAUGUUGCAAACAUCUAUUGACUCACUUAGAUGAAACCACGUGAAUGUAUGGAAAGUGGAAUGGAAUUCAGGGGAAAUGUUCAUUUAGUUCCUAGUUCAUUAGAAUUUACCACCUUUGAUAUUCCACAAAAUGGCAAACCCAUUUCUCAUAUUUUGUGAAUUGGACUACUGCUCCCCCUAAUAAAUCUUGAUAUUUUCCCCAUGUCUGUAUUUUUAUAAUGACACUGAAUGGCACCUACA